AUGACACAAUUGGCAAAACACGCAAAGGCGGUGAAGCACAACUGCAGGCACGAGAAGGGGCAUGACAUGAAAUCGACUGCAGUACACCAUUCGGCAGCUGAACGCGGCGAGAACCCCACAAAUGAUGAGACGGGCACCACCGGGCCAAGACACGUCAUCUCGCGCAUCUCAGGACCCGCGGACAUCGAGGCCCACCUGCCGUCCCUCCGAAGCCUGCUGCAGUCGUGCGUCAACACCGACCCGUCGGCGUCCUCCAUCGGCUUCCUCGCCCCGCUGUCGGACGCAGACGCGGACCGGUACUGGCGGUCCCUCGGCCCCAUCCUCGGCGCCACGUGCCACCUCUUCAUCCUCGUCCUGACUGGCUCCGGCUCCGGUGAAGAGCAGUGUGGAGAUGGAGAUGGUGAGGUCGCGGCGACCGCGCAGCUCCUGACCAUUCCCAAGGCCACGCACGCCCACCGCGGCGAGGUGGCCAAGCUGCUGGUGCGGCCGUCUGGCCGGCGCUCCGGGCUGGGGAGGGCCAUGAUGGCGCACGUCGAGACGUUUGCGCGGGGAUCGCUCGGCUUACGGGUGCUAACCCUCGACACUGAGACGGAAACGCCGGCGCUCGCGUUCUACCGCCGCACUGGCUGGGCGGAAUGGGGUACCUGCCCGGAUUAUGCGGCGUUCGCGGACGGACGGCUGGGGAGUGCUACGUUCUUUGUCAAGUCUCUCUGA